UGUGUAAUGAUCAUUUCCUUAUCAGCUCCACCCAUUCAUGCAAGACCAGAGCUGCUAUGGAGACUUCCCAGCCAAAUGAAGACUCUCAGGCUGCUCCCAAUGAAGUGGAGGAGCCACCAAAGCAUGGGGAGCAAGCAAAAGUGAUGAAUCCUCUUCCCUCCUCUCAAGCUGCAUUCUUGAAUAGCAAUAUAGAAAACAUCAUCAGUGCCAUCAAUGACAAGAGAAAGAGAGAUAUUUCUCUUCUUGCAGAUUUCAAAAGUGACCUAGAGAUGCAGUGUGCAGCUGCUUAUUCCUUGAUGGAGAGCACAAUAUACAGUACCUAUGAGCAGACAAACACAGUGAUGGAGGGCAAGCUGCAGGAGCUACUUCAAGUCAUAGAGAGAAUCAAUCUGUUGGAGUCUGAGCUGACAGAGUUCAAGUCUGCGUUCUCUGCACUAUACUCCGAUAUUCAUGCAUAACUCAAGAACAUUGAUUAUUGCUAUCAAUUUUAUUGCUAUUAUUUAUCUUGUUACUAUAAUUAUACCCACCAAUUAGCAAUAAUAAUUGAUGUUGCAGACAGCUCAAUUACAGUACAAUGCAUAUUUAUAUAACAUUUUA